GAAGGAGUCUUAGGAAAGAGACUUGGCCUAGAGACCCUGGCUAUAAUGUACAGCUUACCUUGGGCAUGAGUAUCUCCAACUUACUUCAUCUUCUCAACAGCAUAGUAACUUGAAAUCCAGGAUGAUUUUCUUCCUGGUAUCGUUCUGCCUUAUGUGUUUCACUGCGACCAGUUUAUCGGUCCGAAUGAUCGUGGGCAGUGCAUUAUUAGCCAUCGGCAUCCUCCUCUUCUGGUACCUCACGAUAUCACGCGAACGGUACGAGAUGCGAUGGUAUGUGCGGGCACAUGUCCAUGUGGUUGAUGCUUGGUAUGAAUUGCGCUGGGCAUUGUCGGAAUAUUUUGCAGCCAUCUCGGAUUGGAUGAGAAGAAUGCCGUGGAUGCCUUCGAACGAUGUUGAGAUGGCGUCAAUGGAUUCGCAUACCACGGCGUCACUGGAAGUUAAUGAUGGAUCAAUGGCGUGCUCUCAUGGGGCGAUGUCAAGAAGUUCGUAUGAGACGGCGUUAGCCAGUUCACAGGCGACAAUGAGCUCUUACGAUACGGCGUCGAUGAGAUCCAUAUAGCGAGUGCUGACGUGUAACGGUUGACUGGAAGGGGACAGGUCGAUGAGCGAGCGGUGUUCUGGCAACCUUGUAAUGCUCGGUGUUAGAGUAUAGCUUUUCCUGCACGAACUUUGGUACGCUAUGCUGG